CUGACUCUGUCCUGUAGUGGCGCUGUGAGGACAUGCGGACACCUGAGCAGCGGCUCCUCUCUUCUUCUAAUACGCUGAUGCGGAAUAGCGGAAGCGCUUUAUAGAAAACCUGUGGACAUGCUGCUGUAAACGUGAGGAAAGCGAAAUAUUUCAGACAGACUUCAUCUGUUUGACAGCCUACAUUGUGAUAUACUGUAUAGUAUUAGUGGUUUAGUGAACUAGAUCGACUGGAGAGCGACACGCUGUGGUGACGUCUAUAAACCUGCUUAACUGAUAUGCUUUAAGCUUCAUUCUGCAGCUGAUCAUGAACAAAGAUUCGGCUGUUCUUCAGGGAGGUUUUCUGCUGGCUGAUAAACUAUGUCUCCCCUCAUCCCUGUCCUGCCUUCAGAAAGCUGACUGGUGCAGGGUGGGACAUCCAAUCCUGGAGGCAGUCAGAGAAAUCUGUGGACAGGAUGACUUCAGUGGUCAUCCCACCACAAUGGCCGUCAGCUGGAUAAAGAAAAUAGUUUGUGCCAUGUGGCUGAAGGUGUUGUGCAAGGAGACAGGAGAGGACGUAGAGGUGUCCUGGAGGGAGAACCCUUUCUUCCCUCUCCAGAACAGCCUCCCUGAGGUCAACCAUGUUGUCCUACUGGAAGUGGUGAUAUCCACGGCAGCUGCUCGGAUAUUUUCCCAUUUCCUCUUGUCUCUUCCUCAAAUGCAGAUCUGCACUGAGCUUGAAAGGCUGGUGCAGCACGUGAGGAGCAGCCCUACUAGAGAGGAAGAUGUUCGUCUUUUUCUGAACGUGUGGUGGGAACUGUGGAGAGGCAGAGAUGAGCAGAAAGCAGAAGGAGAGGCCAGCAUAGAGAUGAUGUUCGCCAGACAAUUUGCUCGUCUCUCGUCUUCGAGUCUGUCCCCACAGGCUGCAAAGAGGUUAAAGCUUGACGCAUCAGAUCUCACAGCAUCAUUGCCAACCUCUGACGUCCUGCACAUUCUCCUCCAUGCACUUAAAGACGUAAAAGAUCACAUAUCCACACCCAACCUUUGCCUCCAGGCACUCUCCAUUGCUCUUGAUGCUCUUUACACAGCCUUCCUGAUCGACCAAGCAGCCAUACUUCCCACAAAAGAGAAGAUGCACUUCCUGUCUACAGUUGUCAGCAUCAGAGAAAAGAAUGAUGAGGGCCCUGAACUCAUUCAGGAGGCUCAGAGAGACCUAAGAGCGUCUCACACACCAUCGCAGUUCCGACCCAGCAGAAUGAAGCUCGGUGAAGCUUUGAAGAUUAUAACAGAACUUGUUCAGUUUUGGCAAACCAGAGGGCUGCUGGAAGUGUGUGGCAGCUCUAAGCCCAGCUACUCUGCAUUUAGACUGGAACAAAGUGUUCAGAGAGUCCUGAAAGCUCUGCAGAAAACGCCUGAAAUGGAGACUAUGAAGAAAAUACUGACAGGUUUGCUGGAGUCGCUGGCUUUCCCUGCCACAGAGAGCACUCCUGAUGUGAACGCCAGGGUCGCCAUGAUCAUCAUCAAUCACCACCUGGAGGAUUAUCGGGACUUUGCGGUGUUAUUUGCCAGCAAGAAGAAUUGGGGUGCCUGCGAUGAGCUCUGGAUUAAUUGCUUGGAAAAGAACCCAGUAGCAUUCCAGCAGCAUGACACGCUGAUCAAACUAUCCUCCACCCUCAUGAGUAAACUCAGCGGCGAUGACACAAAUGUGGGCCAGUGCAGGAAGCUGAUGAAAGUUAUUGCAGACAUUUUCUCUGCACUUUCCUUAAAAGAUAAGAACAAAGCGCUGGUUGCCAUGUUGAGACUAUCCAGCAGAGGGUUCUUUGGGCACUCUGUCCCCUCUGCUGUGACUGACGGGUUUGAACAGGAGCUCAACAUGGCCUUCAACUGCAUCAUUCAAGGAGGGGGUGGAGCAGCGGCGGCGCAAGGCAAUCUGAACACAGCAGUCUCUUUAGUAGCUAGAGUUGCAUUUCAGAACCCAGAAGCAGCUUUGAGGUCUUGUUGUCAUUCAGCUGUUUUCAAUAAAGGUGCAUUCUCUCUCAUGGCUAAGAUCCUGCAGCAGCUGCCUGGACUCAGAGGACAGACGAAAAGACGGGAUGAGGCAGAGGAAAGAACAGAUGAAGGGAAGGACGAUCGGAGCAGUAGCACUCUGCUCUGCAGGUGUCUACAGGAGAUAAUCAAGACAAAAUCAUUGACAGCAAAUGAGAAAGAGCAGUUUCUUAAGUUUCUGGGUCUGCUGAUGGUGCCUGUCAUGACGGCUGAGGGAGAUGAAGAACAGAAGCAAAGCUUUCUUACACCUCAGGAGGUUGUGAACAUCUUCGUCCUGCCACACCUGUCUGCUGCGGGUCAGCACUCCUUUGAUGUAGAACUGAGUCUGCAACUUCUGCACACUGCUCUGUCUGUGGACGUCCAGGAGCCAGCCUCGUUUCCUCACUGGGUGAUGGACUGCUCUCCCUUUCCCCUUCUCUAUGUCCUGACCCAGCUGCACAACCAGACUCUCCGGUGUUGGGAGCAGCCACCAGAGGGCGCAGUCCUCCACUGGUCCAUAGACACCAGGGAGCUGCUGGUGUCGGUGAUUACCACACUGGGGCAGCUGGUGGGUGCAGAGGUGGUGGCGGCCCCAAGCAGCUGGUCCAGAGCUCUGUUCUGGCUCUACAACAAAAUGGAGAAACUGGACUGGACCGUUAGGUUCCUGCUGAAGCCCGUUUGGGGGGAACACUUUAAAAACGAGGUUCCCUCGUCUCUGCUGGCUGUGUGUGAUCUACCUGAGCAGGACUGGUCUGGGUUGGACCUGCCUCAGUAUGGCCCUGGUACAGGUCUUUUGGCCUGGAUGGAGUGCUGCUCUGCGUCAGACUCCCUGCUGUCCACCAUGCUGACCCAUCUCUCUCUGGACCAGCGCCUGCCGGACCAUGUGGGCAUGUUCAGCAAAGGCCUGCUGGUGGCUCUGACGCAGACCCUGCCCUGGUGCUCCGUCUCCCAGUGGACCAGAUUGUUGAGAGUCCUGAGGGAACUGAUCACCUCGGGUCGCCUCCACGUCCCCUUCUCGCUCGAGUAUGUGGACUACCUGCCCCUCCUGGACCUGAGGAGGUUCUCAUGUGAGCUCCGCCUGUCCGUCCUCCUGCUGCGCGCCCUCCAACUGCUUUGCGGGUCCAGCUGCUCCCACUGGCUGUCUGCGGAUGGCUGGGCGCAUGUCGGCAGGUUAUACGCCCACACUGUGAGGGAGGUGAUGAACUCUGUCAGAGCCAAACUGCCCCUGCCUUCAUCUGGUGCUUCAGCAUCUCUUAGAACACCAGCGUCCAGAGACUCCAAUCCUAAAUUGUCCAAAGACCUCCAGCAGGCAGAAGACUCUGCUCUGAAAUCCAACGUGUCUCAGAUGGAAGAAGAAGUGGAGAAGAUUCCCAGCCAAGAAGUCCUUUUUGUGCUCAGCCAGCUCUUCUGCCAUGUUCAGCACAUCCAGGUGAUGAUGCCAGGAGGUCAGUGUGAACCGUUGUUUCUGUCCAGUCUGGAGAUCCUGAGCCACUAUGAGUCCAUCAUGGCCGCCUUCCCACACAGCAGCAGCCCACUGGAGAGCGACAACACCCGCCACUUCUUCUCCACCAUCACAGACAACCUGCAGAACCUGGAGAUGAAGGCCGUCCUGCAGCAGAAGAUUGCUCAGCUGGUGUCAUCGGCAGCUUAACACACACGCACACAGAUUUUCUUUUGUAUUUCACUUUCAAAUGCUCACAUUCUCUCUGUAGGUUCUGUUAAUGUCAAACAUUGCACUUAUCUAAUUAAUGAGUGUUUAUAAAGUGAUGGGGAGGGAAUCUGAGGUAAUAAAAAGCAGAUAUUUCACAGCAAUUGAUAUCUUUUUUUUCUUUGAAAUUGAACUGUUAGAGGAAGACAUGAUCUUGUGGCUCAGAUAGUAAGUUCUAUUACAAAUGCAUCAACUACUAUCCUGGGACUUCUCAUGUUUUUGGGACUGUGUAACCCUUAGAGACAGAAUUACCAUCAACACAGGUCAUUUUAACAAGUAACAAGAGUAAUUUUUAUUCAUACAAAAAAUAUAUAGUAAAGCUUUAACACAACAAACAUAUUUUAGGCAGUUUUGUCACAUAGUCAAAAAAUAUAAAUCACAGUUGAAAGGCUACAUAUUGACGUUGUGCACAACAAGCUGUUCUCUGUGUGAUGUUAGGGCCACAGUCAAGGGAGAAAUAUGAGAAUAAACUUGGAAA